CCGUUUAAAGCUUUGCAUUAUCUCGCCUUGACUUUUGCACUUCUUCUUCUCCUAUCUCUGAGUUUUUGCAUUAUCUUAAACAAUCAAUGAUGAUCUUUAAAGUGUUCUUAAAUUUUUCGUUUCACUUCCCCUUGAUCCUCCCCCUCCUAUAUAAAAGCCUAUGUCUAAACCUAAAUCCACCAAAAAAGAAACCUAUUAUAAAUAAGCUACAUCCAUGACCACAAAAUCCACCGGAAAAUCUUAGCUCUCCACCGUAAAUUGCCGUUUAUUUCAACGAAAUCUCACCAGAACCAGCUAAGUCAGACCGAUCAUGUGAGUUUGGUCUUAUCCACAGUCUCAAUUUACUUUUGUUUAUUCAGAGAAACUGAUGUAUUUUAUUUCAGUUAAUUUUCUCCGUUAUAUUGGUAUGGUUUUAACUGGUUUUAAUGUUGUAAUUUUCUGUGAGCUCUGUUUUUCACGUUGUAAUUUUCUGUAUUCUGAGAAAGAAGAAGCAAAGUUUUUAAGCUGCUAGAUUUUCAAGAACAGAGAAUUAAGAUGCUAUCUUUGCUGCUAUGGUUGGAAGACUUGCUAACCCCAAAGAGGAAAAAGCUGGUAUUAGAGAGAUUCACUUCUUCCAAUUCAAUCCCAUCACCAUAUAACGAUGGUAAUGGAGACUGGCACCAAGCAAACAAAGGGAGCUCCAGAGCAGAUUCUUAAUCUUUGCAACACAAGAGCUUACCUGAGGAAGAGAGACCACUUGGCAAUCGAUAAGUACGCUCUGCCUGGACUGAGGUCAUUAGCUGUUGUCGCAGCACAACGGAUAGCUAAAAAAACAAAAAAAUGCUCUGGUGGUCCAUGGGAAUUCGUUGGUGGGUUGCCUUUGUUUGAUCCUCCACGACAUGAUAGUGCAUACACCAUUAGAAGAGCUUCAUACCUCGGUGUCAACAUCAGUGAUCACUGGUGGUCAAUUUGCUAUUACCAAAGAGACUCGACGUAUGGGAUCAAACAUGUAUCCAUAGCAUCAAAGCCAUCCGAGGGAGUUUAGGCAACCAAGUGACAUUUUAUAAUCUCUUGAUUCCAAACUCUGAGAUAUAACAUUCAUCAAGAAUACAGAGAAGUUCUAGAGAGGCGUGUGUUUACAGAUAAUAAAUAUUGGACACACUAGCUGAAAUUGAGGAAUAGCAUGGCACUGUCAGAGGCUUAGAGAAGAAACUCCUCCACAUGUUAGGUUAUAAUAAAAAUGACGAAUCGGAAGGUGUCAAACAAGAUACUGAACUAAUGAAUGCUUCUGAAAUCGUUAAGAGUCCAGUUGCUACAAACCGGGAAGAGGUGGAAGAGUUUCAAAGCCAGACGAAAUGAAUGGUCUUUUACCUUUAGGAGCGACAAGGAAAAUAUCACAAGCGUGUUUCACCGAAAUUCACAACCGAGCCAAACAGGCGCAGAAGAUCAAUUUGUGUGGUUGCCAACUGCUUCUGGUGUCUACUCAGCAAAAUCAGGUUACCAGGCUCUGAAAAGGGCAGAAGAUCAAGGUUCUCAGGCAACUACGAGUCUGGGAUCGGACUUUGGCUGGAUCAGGGAUGUAUGGGCAGCAGACUACUCUCCAAAACUGAAAGUGUUUAUCUGGUCUAUCCUACAAAACGCCCUGCCUAUAGGAACCAACCUUAAGAACCGAGGCCUCCCUGCUGCAACAAACUGUAUCCGCUGUGGCGAAGAAGAAACUGUGGCACACAUAUUCUUCAACUGCCCCUUCGCUCAAAAUGUUUGGCAAGAGAUUCCGCUUACUACUGCAGUUCACUUAGCUGCUCAAGUCGACUUCAAAGAAACACUUGUAGCCUCCAGAUCAAUGAUUUGCCUCCCACCUACGGGAAUAACCAGAAACAUUCUCCAGUGGGUUUGUUGGGCUAUUUGGAAUGCAAGGAAUCAUCUCCUCUUCGAGAACAGGGUCUUCUCCAGUUCAGAAACUGCAAUCAAAGGAAUUCAAUCAAGCAGGGAAUGGAUCACAGCACAGGAUAAUGCAAAGGCUAAACAAGCGCAACUACCUCACCUCCAGGCUGGAAACCGUCAACAACAUCGAGUCCUACUGGCAAGCUACAGUCUCUGUAAGACAGACGCUUCCUGGGACAAAUCAUCGAAGAACGCGGGCCUUGCAUGGAUCUUCCCAGCCACAGAAUCGACGCCUGAACGCAGAGGAUCCCAACGAGUCGAAUCGGUUAGCUCUCCGCUCAUGGGUGAAGCACUGGCAGUGAAAUUGGCUCUCCGAUCGGCGGUUUCUCAUGAUCUCAGCACCAUCAGAAUCUGCUCCGACAACCAAACUCUUAUCAGAGUAUUGAAUGGCAAACUCUUCGACAAAGAAAUCUAUGGAAUUUCCCAGGAUAUUUCUUCGAUUUCUUCUGCUCUGUUUGUCGAUGUUUCUUUUUCGUAUCUCCCAAGGGCUGAGAACUCAGAGGCCGAUGCUCUAGCAAAGGCUUGUCUCAGAUCCCCUGUAGUUGUAAUGGGCCGCUAAUGGACCCCCAAACUUUUUUUUUAUUAAUCAAGUAAUGUUGUCCAAAAAA